AGCUCUCUCCUUUGCUCCCUCAAUCAAAAUGAUUCGCUCGGCCGCUACUCCUCUUGCUCGCACACUCGCCCUCUCUGCCCGCUCGUCUUGUGCUUCACGCUACGCACUCUCUACGACAAUCAUUGCCUCUCGGAGGACUCUAACAACUACGACUACAAGUCAGAACUCCCUGGCUAGCAAGCGCGUUGACGAGAACGCCUCUAAGGGUGCAGAGGGCUUACACUACGCUGACGCCACUGCCGUUAAGGAACAUGACCAGCAGCAUCGCUCUGAUGUUCAAGUGACUGGCGACUGGGUGCUCUUCCACCCCGUCUACUCAAAAGAAGAACUGAAAUCUGUUCUGCCCACCGUGCAUCGUAAUGAAGAGAAACUGUCGGACAAGUUCGCGAAUGGACUAGUCCGCUUCUUCCGAAAGGCAUUUGACGUUGUUUCUGGGUACAAACAUAAAGACAUGCCAGAAAAGACAAACUUGUCAGUAAAGGAGUUGCGAGAACAGGGAUAUAUCAUGACGGAAACGGGAUGGAUGAAUCGAUGCCUCUUCCUUGAAACGAUUGCUGGAAUACCUGGAAUGGCGGCUGCGACUAUUCGCCAUCUCCACAGCCUGCGCCUCUUGAGACGUGACGCUGGCUGGAUUCACACCCUCCUUGAGGAAGCAGAGAAUGAACGCAUGCAUCUUAUGAGCUUCCUUGCCAUUCGAAAACCAGGCAUAUUCAUGCGCGGUCUGAUCCUUGGUGCUCAAGGAGUUUUCUACAACGUCUUCUUCUUCUCCUACCUCAUGGCACCACGUGUCUGCCAUCGCUUCGUAGGAUACCUUGAAGAGGAAGCAGUAAAGACUUACACUGCGCUGAUUGCUGACUUGGAGAACGGACGUUUCCCUGAGUGGGAAAACAAGCCCGCACCGCCAAUCGCCAAAGAUUAUUGGCGUCUCCGCGACAAUGCGACGCUUCUCGACAUGAUUUAUGCUAUUCGAUCAGAUGAAGUGACGCAUCGCUUCGUGAAUCACUCACUUGCGAACCUCAAGAAGGGCGAUGUUAAUCCGUUUGCUUAUCGUGAGCCAGAUAUGACCGUCAAGGGUGUCAAAUAUGGAUUUGAACGAGAUGAAGCUGAAAAAUAUGUACAAGAAUCGCAAAAACUCCUUGCGGAGGAGAAGUCGCAACCCUCGGCGUAAGCCAUCUAAUGAGGUGCUGCUUGUUCGCUUUUCUGCUUUGAUUUAUACCAUUUUACGAUCUUGGCGUCUGUUACAUUACGGGCUUGUGUUUCAAGUCCAUAUCCUGAUAGAAUAAUCCCCACUCAUUGUAUAGUAGUGCAUAUGCUUAGUAGUUCCUUUGCAUUCGAUGUUGAGUUUUGCUGCAAUCUCUGUUUAGUAUGGACCAUGACGAAAGUGUCUUCCACAUGUGUACUUUGCU